AUGUAUGUACUCGAUAAGCCUAUGCUGUGUACAGAGUCUCUCGAGGCCUACAAUGAGUAUGGGGUGAUUGGACGUGGGACUCGAAUGAAUCAACCUCGCAGGUGCUUAGUAGUGCGUGCGACGCAGGAAGGCGGACCCCGUGCUCUCAGAAACAGGGUGAUGCUCGGCAGGAAAGGACGGGCGAUCCGCAGACCGGGAUCAGACUUAGGGAUGGCGAAGGCGAUGACUGGAGCGAAUGGUGGUGGAGGGUGUGAUGUGAGAUGA